AUGCGGCUCCUCGUGGUGCUCCUGGCAGUCCUCCUCGCCAUCUCCCAGAGCCACGCGCUCACCAGGGUCCCUUUGCACAAAGCAAAGUCUCUGAGGAACACCCUGAAGGAGAAUGGGCUGUUGGAGGAUUUUCUGAGAAGACAGCAGUAUGUGCUCAGCGAGAAGACAUCCAACUCUGGGAAGGUGGCCAGUGAGCCACUGAUGAACUACCUAGACAAUGAGUACUUCGGGAAGAUCUACAUCGGAACCCCACCUCAGGAGUUCACUGUGGUGUUUGAUACGGGCUCUUCAGACCUCUGGGUUCCCUCUGUCUACUGCAGCAGCGGACCCUGCCAAAACCACCACCGCUUUGACCCGUCCAAGUCUUCCACCUUUCAGAACCUGAGCAAGCCCAUGUUCGUUCUGUACGGCACAGGCAGCGUGCAGGGCUUCCUGUGCUCGGACACCGUCGCUGUCUCCAACAUUGUGGUUCCCCAGCAGAUCGUGGGCCUGAGCACCUGGGAGCCGGGUGACAUCUUUACCUACUUUCCGUUUGAUGGGAUCCUGGGUCUGGCCUAUCCCUCACUUGCCUCCAGAUACUCGGUGCCUGUGUUUGACAACAUGAUGGAUAGGCACCUGGUAGCCCAGGACCUGUUCUCGGUUUACAUGAGCAGGAAUGACUACGGGAGCAUGCUCACGCUGGGGGCUAUCGACCAGUCCUACUACACAGGCCCACUGCACUGGGUGCCCGUGACCGUGCAGGGCUAUUGGCAGUUCACAGUGGACAGUAUCACGGUCAAUGGUGAAGUGGUAGCUUGUCAAGGUGGCUGCCAGGCCGUCCUGGAUACGGGCACCUCCCUGAUAGCAGGGCCUGGCAGAGACGUAUUCCACAUCCAGCAGGUCAUUGGAGCCACACAGGGCCAGUAUGGCCAGUUUCACAUCAACUGCUGGAGGCUGAGCAUCAUGCCCACCAUUGUCUUUGAGAUCCAUGGCAGGAAGUUCCCACUGCCACCCUUGGCCUACACCAUGCAGGAACAAGGCUUCUGCUCCAGUGGCUUCCAGAAUAGCAGCAGUGCCCAGCUGUGGAUCCUGGGGGAAGUUUUCAUCCGGGAAUUCUACAGUGUCUUUGACAGGGCCAACAACCGCGUGGGGCUUGCCAAGGCUAUCUGA